AUGUUACAUUUUCGGUCAACGGUAGCGCUCAAGGAGUUAUUUCAAACCCAGCUGAAGCGUCCGUUGACAGGUAGAGCUGGUGUUAAAGUGACACCUGCGACCGCCGCCUUCUUCAGCACCGCCCGCCUGGAUGGGAGAUCACCGGGAAGAGGGAGGGCUUUUGCCCCGCAGCAUUUCACCAGAAGGCACGCCGUGCGAAGCUUUUGCUCCAAGGGUGACGGACACAAUGAAGCCGCCAAGGACUCUUCGGCAGAGAAGAGAAGGAAGGCAGGCAUCCUGCCAAGUCUGGAGGACCUGCUCUUCUACACCAUCGCAGAGGGCCAGGAAAAAAUCCCUGCACACAAAUUCACCACAGCUCUUAAAGCCACAGGGCUUCGCACGGGAGACCCCCGGCUGAAGGAAUGUAUGGAGAUGCUGAAAAUGACCGUGAAGACGACGUCUGAUGGAGCACUGGACCGACACCUCUUCAAAAAGUGCGUCCAGAGCAACAUCGUUCUGCUGACUCAGGCCUUCAGGAAGAAGUUUGUCAUCCCGGACUUCCAGUCCUUCUGCGCCCACAUAGACGAGCUCUAUGCCAACGCCAAAAACAUGCCAGGAGGGCAGGUGGCCGACUACAUCCCCCAGCUGGCCCGCUUCAGCCCGGAUCUGUGGGCCGUCUCCCUGUGCACCGUGGACGGACAGAGGCACACUGUCGGCGACACCAAGGUUCCUUUCUGUCUGCAGUCUUGUGUGAAGCCGCUGAAAUACGCCAUCGCCGUUCACGACCACGGCACCGAGUACGUCCACCGCUUCAUCGCCAAAGAGCCCAGCGGUCUGCGAUUCAACAAGCUCUUCCUGAACGAGGAAGAUAAACCACACAACCCCAUGGUUAAUGCUGGCGCUAUCGUCUGCACCUCCCUCAUUAAGCAAGGGGCGAGCAACGCUGAGAAGUUUGAUUAUGUCAUGAACUUCAUGAACAAGCUGGCAGGGAACGAGUACGUGGGCUUCAGCAACGCCACUUUCCAGUCGGAGCGAGAGUCUGGAGACAGAAACUUUGCCAUCGGCUACUACCUGAAGGAGAAAAAGUGUUUUCCAGAGGGGACGGACAUGACUUCCAUCCUCGACUUCUACUUCCAGCUGUGCUCCAUCGAGGUGACCUGUGAGAGCGCCAGCGUCAUGGCGGCGACUCUGGCCAACGGCGGCUUCUGUCCAAUCACAGGAGAGCGUGUGCUGAGCCCCGAGGCGGUGCGAGACACUCUGAGUCUGAUGCAUUCCUGCGGCAUGUACGACUUCUCCGGACAGUUCGCGUUCCACGUCGGUCUGCCGGCUAAAUCUGGUGUCGCCGGUGGGAUUCUGCUGGUUGUUCCAAACGUGAUGGGCAUCAUGUGUUGGUCUCCUCCGCUCGACAAGCUGGGCAACAGCGUCAGAGGCAUCCAGUUCUGCACGGACCUGGUUUCCCUCUUUAACUUCCACAACUAUGACAACCUGAGACACUUUGCUAAGAAACUGGAUCCUCGCAGGGAGGGAGGCGACCAGAGGGUGAAGUCAGUGAUCAAUCUGCUGUUUGCUGCUUACACCGGAGACGUCUCAGCCCUGAGGAGGUUUGCGUUGUCCUCCAUGGACAUGGAGCAGAGGGACUACGACUCCAGGACGGCGCUGCAUGUGGCAGCUGCUGAAGGACACGGGGAGGUGGUUCGCUUCCUGCUGGAGGGCUGUAAAGUCAACCCAGUUCCCAAAGACAGGUGGGGCAACACACCGAUGGAUGAAGCGGUCCACUUUGGCCACCACGACGUGGUGACCAUCCUCCGUGAUUACCACACCCAGUACAGCCCUCAGGAAAGCACCGGCGACAAGCAGAACGCAGAGACCAACCUGGACGGUAUGCUCUGAUGGAAAGCAGCUGCGUGAGUUCGCUGAGAAAACGUCUUAAAUCUGCGUCAGAAGGAAAUCCCAUUUAAUAACAGACAUAGAAACAGUUUAGAACAUAAAACCCAGACAAUAAACUGCAGUGGAUCAAAGGUUCCUUUAGAAACAACGUAACAGUCCCCUUCACACGAGGCGUCCCUCCAGAGUAAAAGCUCCUCAUGCUAUUAGAUGUUGUUGGUUUUGUAAUAUAUUAUAUAUUGUAUUUACUUUGAGUUGUUUAAUUUCUCCUUCUGUAUUCAGCUUUGUAGGAAGUAACCAGCCGCCACGUUGAAUGCUGGGUAAAUUCAGCUGCGGCUGGUAAGACGACCGCCUCUUGUUAUUCACGUCUAAAUUAUCGUUUUUAUUUUGAAAAGCUGAAAAUGGGAAGUAGCAGGCGUUUUGUACCCUGGUUCAAAAACCUUCGUCACAUCAUCAUCACAACGUGGUGGAAUGUAUCUUCCCCCAAUACUAAAGUGUGUGUGUGUGUGUGUGUGUGUGUGUGUGUGUGUGUGUGUGUGUGUGUGUGUGUGUGUGUGUGUGUGUGUGUGUGUGUGUGUGUGUGAUAUGAGUGUAAAUACGUGUAUAGUUGUGCUUCUGUCGUCGAACAGCUGGAUUCUGAAACUCAGUAUUUCAAUUUAAACAUGAAUAUUUACAUUUUAAACGUUGAAGGUGUUGAGUUUUUGUUUUACGCUCCAAAAAUGUAGUUUUAUUUUUCACACUUUCAUUUGAUAUUUAUUUGUUUUUUACAGGAAUCAAUAAGCGAGUCAGCCAAAGUUCAGGUUGUUCUAUGAAAGAGUUUCUAAAUGAUAUACGACACUGCCGGUGCGGACAGCAUCUUGAAUCACUGCAAACGUCCCAGAAGUUUGUUUUACGUUUGCACUCGACAAUAGAAAGAGAAGUCAGAGGCUCCACAUGUGGGACUGAAUGGUGCUUAACACAUCUACAAUAAUGACCUUUGAUUUAAUAAUGCAGCCAUAAAAACAACACAUUUCUGUAAUGAGACAAAUCUUCGUGCACCGGUUCCUUUCUUUUCAUGCUCUUAACUCUCCGGCUGAUUUCAAUCUUAAUGUUCUUCAGAAUCAAGGCUUUGAAAGCAGAAACUGCUGACUCUGUAAUGUAUCACGUGUUCUUUAUGUAACGCUGUUGCUGCAGAAGACUCAGGAAGGUCCCGUCUGGUUCCACAGCAGACAUGAAACUCUACACUGAAGGAGCUUCACCAUGCAGACAGAUUGUUUUAGUUUCAUCUGUAAUGUGCAGAAGAAUCUGUCAUACUUGAAAAGUUGUGCAGAUGUUUAGUUUCUCCAGAGGUUUCGUGUGUUUGGAUGUUGUUUCUGUACAAACAUGUCUGCGAUAUUAACAAUCCGCACAUUCUGUUCAGAUUCAGUGCGUUCGUAAGCCUCAGGUCGGGGUCAGUUCAUGCACUUAAAAUUAAGUUAAAAAUGUAUUAGAAGCACAAAACUAACUACCUAAAAAUGCAAUAUUCUGAGAACAAUUAGCAAUACAAAUACAAUGAUUGUACGAUCAAAUUAGCCAUAUGGAUCUGAUCCGAUCCCGACCUGUCGUAGAAAUGAAUCCGUUUGCAGCCACUGAAUUCUGAAUGUGACGUGUUUGCUGUCGUUUCUUCUUCAUGUGUAUUUAUUCUGCCGAGUGUCACAGGCAGUUCAGAUAUUUACGUUCACAGAUCAAACAUUUAAUAAAAGUCUUCUCGUGUA